CGUGCUCUUCCUUCCUUUCGAACAUCAUCUCCCAGGGUCCUCAACCUAAGGUUUUCUAUCUUAUCAGGAACCAAUAGAUAUCUCGCAACCAUGGCGACGGAUACUUCCAAGUAUAAGCUCAAUCACACUAUGCUCCGGGUCAAGGACCCGAAGAAGUCCCUGGAAUUCUACAAGUUCCUCGGACUUACUCAGAUUCAACAACUCGAUUUCCCCGAAAACAAGUUCUCGCUCUACUUCCUCGCGUACAACGGCCCCAAAUCUCUGCAGGGUGACCGUCACUGGACGGACCGCCACGCUGUUCUGGAGCUCACCCACAACUAUGGCACAGAGAAUGACCCCAACUACAGCGUAGCCAAUGGCAACACGGAACCCCAUCGCGGCUUUGGUCAUAUUGCAAUCUCUGUUGACAACAUCGAAUCGGCCUGCAAGAGAAUUGAAGACGCUGGCUAUCCUUUCCAAAAGAAGCUCACUGAGGGGCGCAUGAAGCACAUUGCUUUCGCCAAGGAUCCUGAUGGUUACUGGGUCGAGAUUAUCCGUCGUCAGGACGAGGAUGUGGGUACGACGACCGAUACCGCCAACUACCGACUCAACCACAGCAUGCUCCGCGUGAAGUGCGCAGAGACCAGUUUGAAAUUCUACCAAGAAGUCAUGGGCAUGACCCUUUUGCGAACCUUUGAGAAUAAGGAUGCAGGCUUCAAUCUUUAUUUCUUGGGAUACGCUGCCGGUAAUGCCAAAGUGCAGGAGGACGCCAAGAAUCCCGUGGCCGAGUGGGAAGGUUUGCUCGAGCUCACCUGGAACUAUGGAACGGAGAAGCAAGAAGGCCCUGUCUACCACAAUGGUAAUGCCGAGCCACAAGGAUUCGGCCAUAUCUGCGUUUCUGUUGACGAUCUCAAUGCCGCCUGUGAUCGCUUCGAAUCAUUGAAGGUGAACUGGAAGAAGCGGUUGACUGACGGCCGGAUGAAGAACGUGGCCUUUGUGCUGGACCCCGAUGGAUACUGGAUCGAAGUGAUUCAGAACGAGGCACUUAAGCGCACCAGCAAUUGAUGUCGGCUGACCCAUGAUUUCUCUUCGUUUUGUGAAUUAGCCGCCCCGGUUGCUUCUGAAAACCGGAGAAUAUUUCGUCUCCCCCACGCUUCCCGCCACACUACUACCGGUGCGAUGGAGCCUCUGACAGAGAAGCCCAAGAGGGCGCCUCGCAAACAUGUCACUACGGCAUGCGUUCCUUGCCGGGAGAGCAAGAUCAGGUGCGACGGAGCUACUCCGCAUUGCCAUAACUGUGAGAGGAAAGGCAAAGAUUGUAAAUACCAACACGGCGAUGACAAACGGAAGGUGUCUCUUCGUGCUGCCACAGAGCUAUUUUCUGCCAGAAUAGAUCAACUGUGCCAGUUCAUUUAUGACCAUGGCCUGGAACCGCCCCCAAUGAAACCUGAGGAUGAGGCGGGGGUUAAUAGAGUUUUGGAUACGCUACAGAUCCCUCGCGGGCUAGCGAAGAAAAGAGAAACUAGCGUAGCUAAUGAGAUAAUCUCUCUUCCGCAAAAAGCUGUUGCGCAUUCACCCGCGCACAGCAGUCCCUCAGCUAUGCCGGAUGCAAAUGAGCGCGCCCCGGGGAUUCCUUCACCGCCACAGAAUGCGUUGUCUAACCAAAAACUCGUCCCUUCAGCUGAGAAAGGUCGAGAUACAGUAAAUUCGUUCGGGAUCAACUCGAUUCCCACCAGCCAUUAUGUUCCUGCGAAUUGGGGUUUUACACUUCCAACGGCGGAGAGCUUGGACACGAUCUAUGCCAAUCUAAAUGAUGGUACUAGUCUUUCUCAGGAAAACAGUCUUAGUCCAGAAAGUCUGCAGUUGACUCCAGAUAUGCAGCAGCAGCCCGGAGAGCUGCUCAGGCAAGCGCGUCACGAUAGAGAGUAUGAAUCAGACAGCGGCGACGAAGAUGAGGCGGAGAAGGACGUUAUCGAGCAAAUUUCAAAUCGCAUUGGUACUCUAAAAAUUGCGGGCGAUGGUCACUUACGCUUUUAUGGAGCGACAUCGAACCUCAAUCUGGUAGACGUUUCUGCGACCCAACAACGCCAACGUCCUGAUGCGCGCACAGUCCGCCAUGAUGGACAGGAUAUCCUGAACCAUUUACGAGUUGGACAGCCCGUUGACCAAGCACUUGAAGACCAUCUUGUGGAGCUGUAUUUCACUUGGCAGAAUACAAGCACCUAUGUGGUCGAUAGAGAUAUGUAUAUGAUUGCUAGAUCGAAGUGGAGGAAUGAGUAUGAUGACACGCCAUUUUAUUCGGAGGUUCUCACGAACGCGAUGUGUGCUAUUGGAAGUGCUUUUGAAGCAAGAUAUCAUCCCACAUUCAUCACUUUUCCCAAAUCUCUGUCAGAGUUCUUCGCAGACAGGGCGAAAGCGCUUCUAGAGAUUGAGCUGGACUCUCCCUGUGUUGCCACAGUACAGGCGCUUGUAAUUCUGAGUUGCCAUGAAGGGUCUGCGAAUCGUGAUGCUCGUGGGUGGCUGUAUAGUGGGAUGUCCACAAGGCUUGCGUUUGACCUUGGAUUACAUAUUGACAUGACACCAUAUGUUGAGAAAGGAGAAAUAGGCGCCUUUGAAGCUGACGUGCGGAGAAUAGCUUUCUGGGGAAGUUACACUGCCGAUCAUUUCUGGGGCUUUUAUCUAGGAAGACCAUUUCGAAUGAAUGCGGGAGACAUCACCGUCCCGAAGCUUGCGUCCAAUUUAGGCGCAGAGAAAGAAAGCACAUGGUAUCCUUAUGGACUUCCAUCGAAAUCGGACAUCCUGAAGCAUGGUCUAAGGAAUCCAAAUGAAUUGAUCAGCAGACAAUUUGCCGUUCUGUGGGAGAUAAUCUCACCAGUUGGUCAUAUUUUGUAUGGUUGCUCCGAUAUCCCUCGGCAUGACCUUCAAAGGUUGUGCCAUAGGGUAACAGAUGACUUGUUUGCCUGGAAAGCAAAUUUGCCAUCUAUUCUCGACAUUAAACUUGAUAACGAUACAACUCCUCAACUCCCCCAACUUCUAAUGCUUCAUAUGCAAUACCACCAAAUUGUGAUUUUCACACACAGACCGUGGGUUUCGAAAAGUUACAUCCAGCCGCGCGCUCCUCGUCAGGGACCGGGCUAUCACCAUGCUCGGCGAAUGUGCAUUGAAUCUUCGACGGCGAUCGCACGACUGCUCCAUAUCUACGAGAAAUUCUAUACAUUCCGUCGCAUGAACAACCAAGUUGUGGCCAUCAUAUUUAGCGCGGCUUUGAUGCUCCUUUACGUCACGAUUUCAAACACUCACACUUCUGGCAGAAGUCCCAGCGAUAACAGCAAUAACAAUGCAGAAAUGGUUGCUUACUUGAAUCUUUGUUUCCGUGCAUUGGACGAACUGGGCCAGUCGUUUGAAAAUGCCAAACGGACCCGUGACUUCCUGGUCAGUCUACAACGAAGGUGGCAGGCCCAUAUGCGCAGGUCAGGUUCAGCUUUGAAGCGCCAAAUAAGCAACCGACCAUCAUCGCAACAUCUAGUAGGCAUCGGCUCGGACACAGAUCCUUCCAGGAAGAAGACACGAAUCACUGCUCCAAGAAACCAACUCAACUAUCCAGUCUCUGUGACAGCGACAUCACAGGGUACUAACGCCAUUCCUAACCAGCUGCAGCCGCAACCGCAACCUUCUGGGCAACAUCCUCUCGACACGACCCAGCAAAUCGGGGUGCCUGGGGAGUUCGACUGGAUUCGCAAUUCUGACUUGCAGUUGCUUUCGGGAAACUUUGGAGAUAGUAGUUUCUCCCAGCUUGGUAACGUUAAUACCUUCGGGGAGGACCCUACAUUGCCUAGUCUUUCCGACAUUGAGCCCUGGUGGGAUACUCCAGGUGGGAACACCUUCCCGGGACCUUCUUUAUAG